AUGGCACUAGAAGGAACCGACACGGAUCGACUAGAGGUCAUUGAUGCGUAUACCGUGGCACCGUGGCAUGAACGGAUUCAAGCCACGGGUGAAGAGGACCAAGUGGAACCGUCCAAGUCACCGGAUGAAGCGGGGGGCAUUAUCAUUGCCACAUCCUCCUCGCAGAGUGGUGACCAAGUGGGCAUGGGCGGCGUUGUGCGCGACACGGCCAUCAACAGUGUGGACGAGGUCGUCUGGCGGCCGCGACAACAGUCGGGCCAACGCACGAUCAAGCAGAUCGAGCGAAAAAGUUUUCGCACUACGUCCCAGGGCUAA